CCUUUGCCCAAGAGUUUUGGUUUCGUGCUCUUUAUUUUAAGUUUGGCUAGGUCCUCGCCGUUCAAACUCUCUCCGGCCGAUCAGUUUCCUUUCCCCGUAAUUAAGAAACGGAACCGCCCAAGCGGCCCAGUCAUUGUGAUCUCGAGCGCAAGUUCCCACGUUUGCUGCAGGCUUCCGCGCACUCCUUUUUACUCUCGCGCACCCCGGCCUUCGCACUUCAGCUUGGCCCGAUGGAGUUCUCCCUCCGUGGCCCAGCCACCGGCGACGACCACCGCUUCCCCGACCCUCCGCCUCACGGAGAGCAAGAGCCGAAGCUGGUGAUGAGGGACGCGCUGCUCUCGCAGCUCCACAUGGCCUGCCUUCGCCGGGAGAUCAUCGAAGCCGAGCUGGCCGAGAUAGAGCGUGCCGUGGCCCUGCGCGCCGCCACCGGUGGCCACCAGGCGCAGACAACGCCGAUGGCCGAUGCGGAUGCCGGACGGCCGUUCAGCACCAAUCAGCCAAUGGCUCAACAGAAUCCAGAGUUCGAUGAGCAUAAGCUUCCGGACUCCGAUAAGGGAGAUGUUGCGACUGUUGUACAACCUCGUUGUGAUAGGCCACUAGAGCGAUGGGAAGAUGGAGAACGGAGAGGCUACGGCAGCGCGGCCGACACCAAAGGGAGAACAAGGUUUAGGGUGCAGUGCGGCGCCGCCGACGAUGAGUGGGGACUAUCAGGGGAGGGGAAGAAGAAGACGACGAGACAUGAGAAUAAGAGAAUAGGUGCAGACCGAAUGAGGAAAAAUUUGCAGAGGUGGCAAGAUAUUUUAUUUUGAUGAUAAACUUGUCAUUACAAAUAAAACAGCUACUAUAUACUAAUUUUAGCAGCUGGCUAUUUAAGCUAUGCAUGUUAAAAUAAUUUUAUCAUCCGUGGAAUCGUAACAUGGCACAUGCACCUGACUUCAUUUAAUUUGUAUUAAUGCAUAUUAUAUAUCUUGCUUA